UAUUUCUUAACAUAGGUACAAGAGGCCCACUGUAAUAUUCAUUGUACAAAGUGAAGUAGGCCCAGGGCUGAAGCAGAGCCUUUGGCAGAAUGCCAGGAUUUUUGAAAUGGAUCGAAAUGGAGAAUUUCAAGUCCUAUCGAGGAUCAAAGAGGAUAGGACCAAUGCAGCCUUUCACUGCAGUCAUUGGACCAAAUGGAUCUGGGAAGUCCAACUUCAUGGAUGCUAUCAGUUUUGUGAUGGGUGAGAAGACAUCCAGUCUUCGUGUGAAACGCCUGAGUGACCUCAUCCAUGGUGCUUCUAUAAAUGAGCCUGUUUCAAGAUCUGCAAGUGUGACAGCUGUCUUCCAGAUGCCUUCUGGAGCUGAGAGACGUUUUACUAGGCUUGUCCUUGGCUCUUCAUCAGAACAUAAAAUUGAUAGUGAAGUGGUCACAAGUCAAGCUUACCUGAGUGAACUGGAGCAGAUGGGUAUCAAUGCAAAGGCCAAGAAUUUCCUUGUGUUCCAAGGGGCAGUGGAAUCUAUUGCCAUGAAGAAUCCCAAGGAAAGAACAGCUUUGUUUGAAGAGAUUAGUGGAUCAGGAGCUCUAAAGGAGGAGUAUGACCGUCUGAAGGUUGAAAUGCUCAAAGCAGAAGAAGAUACGCAGUUCACUUACCAAAAAAAGAAAGGCAUUGCAGCAGAAAGGAAGGAAGCUAAAUUGGAGAAAGAAGAGGCUGAGAAGUAUCAACGACUCAAAGAGGAAUUGGCCCAGAAAUAUGUGGAGUCCCACCUCUUCAAACUGUUCCACAAUGAAAAAGAGAGUGAACGAUGUAGUGAGGAUCUGAGAAAGAAGCAGAAAGAGGUGACAAAAAUUGAAACCAAACGCCAUGAGAAGGAGGAAGACCUCCAAAAGCUGAAGAAAGACCAUGGCAAGAAGCAGAGAGAUAUGGCUGCCAUUGAACAGCAGAUAAGAGAAAAGGAAGUGGAAAUCAACAAGAGGCGUCCAACAUUCAUCAAAGCUAAAGAGAGAGUGGCUCAUAUUCAGAAGAAGUUGGAUUCAGCAAAGAAGUCUCUGACUCAGGCUCUGAAAGCUAAUGCUGCUCAUUCAGAAGACAUCCAGGUUCUUGAGAAAGAACUGGAAGAAGUUGAUAAACGGAGGCAAGAAUAUGAAGACGAGAUAGCUGGCGAGUCCUCCAGUCAAGGAAGGGAUGUCCAUCUGGAGGAUGCUCAGGUCAGAGAAUAUAAUCACUUGAAAGAGGAAGCUAGCAUUCGAUCUGCCAUGAUUCUACAAGAAUUGGAUGGCAUCAAUCGCGAGCAGAAGUCAGAUCAAGAUCGAAUGGAUAAUGAACUUCGCAAGAAGACAGACAUUGAUAACAGGCUUAGACAAAAAGCUCAUCAGCUGGAAGAAGCUGAGAAGAGACUGGAAAAGCUAAAUGAGCACAUCAGAACAAGUGAAGCAGCUUUGGAGGAACAAGUACAUUUGAAGGAGGAGUUGCAGAGAGAUGUUGGAUCCUCCAAGGACAGAGUUGCCAAAGUUCAAGUUGAAUUGGAGGCUGUCAUGGAGCAGCUGGGAGAUGCAAGAAUUGACAAGCACGAAGAAGGAAGGCGUAAGAAGAAGCAGGAAAUUGUUGAGAAUCUCAAGCGACUGUUUCCUGGAGUGUAUGAUCGGAUGAUCAACAUGUGUCAGCCAAUCCAUAAACGGUACAAUGUUGCUGUGACCAAGAUCCUUGGCAAGAACAUGGAAGCAAUCGUUUGUGAUUCAGAGAAAACAGCCCGUGCCUGCAUUCAAUACCUGAAGGAACAGAUGUUGGAUCCUGAAACAUUCCUUCCUCUUGAUUACAUCAUUGCAAAGCCACUGAAAGAAAGACUAAGGGAGAUGAAGGACCCGAAGAAUGUUCGUCUCUUGUAUGAUGUACUUCAUUAUGAGCCUUCAGAGAUCAAGAAAGCUGUGCUCUUUGCUACCAACAAUGCUUUGGUUUGUGAGACCCCAGAAGAUGCUCAAAAAGUUGCCUACUGCAAUGAUGAUGGACAGCGAUAUGAUGCUGUUGCAUUGGAUGGAACAUACUAUCAAAAGUCAGGCAUCAUCUCUGGUGGUAGUGUAGAUUUGUCUCGUCGUGCUAAACGUUGGGAAGAGAAGAGUGUCAACAUCUUGAAACAGAAGAAGGAAAAACUGACUGAAGAGUUGCGAGAGGCCCAGAAGAAAUCUCGUAAGGAAAUGGAGUUGAAAACUGUUGAGAGUCAAAUCAAAGGUUUGGAGACACGGCUGAAAUAUUCCAGGACUGAUCGAGAUAACACUCCUCGAAUUGCUGCAAUACAGCGCACAAUCAGCUCAAGAGAUGAGAAAAUUGUAUCGCUGAAGCAAGACAAGGAUAAUGUUGAAGAUGAACUGUUUUCUGACUUCUGUGCCCAGAUUGGUGUGGCAAAUAUUAGACAGUAUGAAGAAAGAGAGCUGAGGUCCCAACAAGAAAGAGCCAAGAGACGUCUGGAAUUUGAAGAUCAAAAGAAUCGCAUCUUGAAUCAGCUUGAGUUUGAGAAGUCCAGAGACACCAAUAAUAAUGUUCAACGAUGGGAGAGAGCUGUUCAAGAUGAUGAAGAUGAAUUGGAACGGUGUAAGGAAGCAGAGCAAAAACAAAUGGCCAAAAUUGAGCAGGAUAUGAAGGAUGUGGACUCCCUAAGGAAGGAACGCCUUGCCAAAAAGGCUGAAGUAGAUGCUGUGGAUGAAGAUAUUAACAAGAUAAAACGUGAAAUGUCAAGCAUUGGAAAAGACCUUCAAGCAGUCCAAAAGCAGGUGACCCAGUUGGAGAAUCGACUAGAGGCAAAGAAGGCUGAGAAGCACAGCAUCCUCAGACAGUGCAAAUUGGAUGCCAUUGCCAUACCUUUGUCUUCUGGGGACCUUGACAACAUUGAAGAAAUGGGUGGCAGUUCCUCUGGAAGGCCAAGUGGAGAUGGAGAAACCACAGAAUCUUCUACUCUCUCUAGCCAGGCCAUCUAUGAGACUGAAGCUCAAAUUCAAGUGGAUUAUUCUCAGCUACCAUCCCAUUUGCAAGAACUGGAUGACUAUGAUGAUGUCCGAAAAGUAGGAGAUAAAAUGAACAAGGAGAUUCAUGACCUCCAGACAACACUACAAAAGAUUCAAGCUCCUAACUUGAAGGCCACCCAGAAGCUUGAUGCUGCCAAAGAAAAGCUUCAAGAAACAAAUGAAGAGUUUGACACCGUCAGACGUCGUGCAAAGAAGGCAAAGCAAGCUUUUGAGAGAGUUAAGAAGGAGCGCUAUGACAAAUUUAUUGCUUGCUUUGAACAUGUCUCCAAUGAAAUAGACCCUAUCUACAAGGCUCUUGCACAGAAUCAGUCAGCCCAAGCAUUCCUUGGACCAGAGAACCCAGAAGAGCCAUACUUGGAUGGGAUCAAUUACAACUGUGUGGCUCCAGGGAAACGUUUUCAGCCUAUGUCUAACCUCUCUGGAGGGGAGAAGACUGUGGCAGCCUUGGCACUUCUCUUUGCUGUUCACAGCUAUCAUCCUGCCCCAUUCUUUGUCCUGGAUGAGAUUGAUGCUGCUCUGGACAACACCAACAUCUCCAAGGUUGCUCGUUACAUCAGGGACCAGACCAAUGCCCUCCAGUUUGUUGUCAUCUCACUUAAGGAAGAAUUUUAUAGUCACUCUGAUGCUCUGAUUGGGAUCUGCCCUGAUCCUGGAGAUUGCACCAUCAGCCGAAUGAUAACCCUUGAUCUGCGGCCAUAUGAGCAUCCGGGGCAGCAAGAGGAACAAAACCGAAGUUCUGCAUCUGUGGUCUUGAGGCAGUGAUGGAUAAGGCCCACAAAGGGAUUCAUGUGAAUCCAUUAUGCACAUUUUGCAGAGAGUUUAAUCUCUUUCCAUGGUCAUUCUUUGUGUGUGAGUUCACUUGUGGCUGUCACUCAAAGUUGAUUUGAUUGGACAUGAGAGACUUGUUCUGCAGCAGUACAAAAUCAAUUUCUCCUUCUUGUAUGGUGAAUUUGUGUUUGAAGCACAAGGACUGUCAUGUAUAUCUGUGAGGGUAACUGAUUUCAAUGGAAAGUUUUUCUUAUUUUCAAAACUUAAAAUAAAGAUGCUGGACAGUAGUAGUGUAGAUAGAGUGUGAGGGUUCAGGAAUUUUUUUUCCCAAGAAAAUAAGUCAUUUUUGCCAAAAUAUUGGACUGAACUCUAAAUUUAAAAUUCACCUGUGAUCAUCUGAAAACUCACACUUGCACUCAAUUGGUAUUUUCUUUGACUUGAACCUCAAUCCAUAUUCUUAUGUUCAGCUUAGUGAAGGGAAAUCUCUAUGUUCAUCACCAUCAUUCAUGGCACCCAAUUCAAUGCAUUUUCAUUUUUCCAUUGGGUUUCUUAUGACUUUGUGUUAUACCAACGAAUGUUGGUCACGUGAAAAAAAGUUGAGAGUUAUGCCUUAUUUGAAGAAAUGCCAGACAUGUAUGUCAUUUUUGCGGCUUUAUGGCUUUAUUAAGCAAAUGUGAAUUCUGACAUUUUGGAACUCUCCUUACCUAACUAUCCUCCCCCCAAAUGACAUGGCUGUGUCCCCUUAUCAAAAAGGGAAGCUGAAUUGUAGAAGCAAGCCCCAGAAGCAUAGGCUGUUGGGAGAGCUGUCACAACUUAGAGCAGAUCAUAACCUGCAUGUAGGACUUCCUGGCUGCUCAGCUGCUGGCAGCUGAACAGAUCAACCCUAAUACAAAAAAUUUGAUGUGGAGUCUGCAUUUUUUUACUAUUGACUUCCUGGUAAUCUCUGAAGCACUUGAUGAGUUCAGCUCUUAUUUUAGGUGACAUUAAUCUGUCAUGAGCUUCAGGACACAUUUGCUUGCUUAGAUGAGCAUCGCUUGUUCCCUGCAUUCUCAAGAGGUACAGAUAGUCUAAAAUCUGUCCAAUUUUAUCCUUGAAUAGAUCCAUCAGCACUGUCAGCUUAGAAUUAUUAACAGGUUAGGUGAUGUGUGUGAGGACAGUUGUAAUGCCAUAAAUAACAGAGUUGAUAUCCAUGCAGCUCGUCCCCUUGCGUUCUGAAAGUUUUUGCUGAGCAAAUUCAGCACCCUGAUUUCAUUGACAUCCAGAAGUUGUUAUUUUCUGCAAGUGUAACUGGUUUUGUCAUUGAGAAGGUUUUUCCCAUCACAGGCCAUUGCUUUAUUGUUUUUUUGCCCUGGGGAAGAUUCUUCCUCUUUGCUGCCAUUUCAACAUAAAUCUUCAAAAUAUGACUACCAGCAAAACGAAUUUACAUCUGUAGGAAGUGUAUUAUCCUUUUGGAGAUGCCCUGAAUUGCAGGUCCUCCAUAUUCGAAACUGGUCUUGCCUCCGUGAUUUUUUCCCCCAUAUGGUAAUAAAUGUCGAUCGAGUUCCUA